UAUGUGUUUGACCCGUCAUUGUGAUGAUUUGAAUUAUUAGCUUUUAACAGUCACAUUACAACAGAAUACUUUCAAGCGUUGUGUUGCUAUGCCUGUUGCAUGUUAAAACAGUUUAGCACUAAUACUCUACUAAAAAGUUGUAUACCUACAUUUUGAAGAACAAUUAUUAUCUGUACUUAAUCAUUUUAUUUUUAAAUGGCUUCAAAAAAUCAAUUAGUUACAUUUAACAAUGGUCAAAAAUAUCCAAUCGUAGGAUAUGGGACUUGGAAGACAUANUCUGGUGAAGUUGAAAAUGGUGUUAAAGCUGCAAUUGAUGCUGGCUACAGACAUAUUGAUUGUGCCUUAGUUUAUGGAAAUGAAAAAGAAGUAGGACAUGCUUUACAGCAGAAGUUCAAGGAAGGUAUUGUUAAACGAGAAGAUCUAUACAUUACUAGCAAAUUGUGGAACACAUUUCAUCAACCUGAUUAUGUUAAAACAGCCUUGAAAAGAACUUUACAAGAUCUACAAGUCAGUUAUUUAGACCUAUACCUAAUUCAUUGGCCAAUGGCAUUUAAAGAAGGCACAUUAGAAGAUACCUUGUUUCCGAAAGAUGAAAAUGAUAAAGUGAUUGAAGGUACAACUUCAUAUGUAGAAACAUGGAAAGAAUUAGAAAAAUUAGUAGAAGAAGGUUUAUUAAAAUCCAUUGGAUUGUCAAAUUUUAAUAAGAGACAAAUUGAAGAUAUUCUGAGAAUUGCUAAAAUUAAACCUGUUACAAAUCAAGUUGAAUGCCAUCCAUACUUAAACCAAAAGAAAUUAAAAGAAUUUUGUGAAUCCCAUGGUAUAUAUUUAACAGCUUACAGUCCUCUUGGAUCUCCAGAUAGACCUUGGGCUAAACCAGAUGAUCCUUCACUUAUGGAUGAUCCAAAAAUUAUUGCAAUUGCCAACAAAUAUAAAAAAAGUCCAGCCCAAAUUCUCAUUAGGUAUCAGGUUCAAAGAGGAGUUAUAGUUAUUCCAAAAUCUGUGACUAAAAGUCGUAUUGAAUCAAACUUUGACAUUUGGGAUUUUAUGUUAGAACAAACAGAUAUGGACUUAAUUGAUACAUUUAAUUGUAAUGGUCGUGUUUGCCAUUUAAUAUGGAAUAAACAUAUGAAGGAUUAUCCAUUCAAUGAUGAAUUUUAAGUGCACUGCAUUCGUCAAAUGUAUUUAUAUAGUUUUUUGAAGAUUUAUAUCACAAAUUUCUUAAAUACUUUAUUGUUAUUGUGUAAUACUUAAUAUUAAAUGAUUUUUUCAUUGUAAAAAUUAUACUAUUGAAAAGUUGUUUGAUUCUAAAAUGUAUGUGUAUUUUUCUUUUAAAGCAAUGAGAAUUUUAAUUGGUCAAUAAAAAUUUUUAAGAUGAAUAUACAAUUAGAA